CAGAUGUCUAAUUGGAUAUAUCGUAGAUUUAGUAAAACUAUUGUUAUAUAUACAGUUUGGGCAUAUAUGUUUGUAUUCGCAUCACCAAUUUGACAAUUGCUUUUACUUCCAAUUCAUCUGAAUUGAACUCUGUGAAUGUAUACUUACUUCAGGCUCGUGCAGCCAUCUUGAAAGCGUGUGUUCAUUAUUUGGUUUCUGUUUGAAAGACACAACUGGGAUAUUACAAAUCAGAAGCAACAGUUUGGUAUUAGAAAAGCCAUUUGGCUAUUUCUAAGGUGAUCCAUUAACACCACUCUUCAGUUAACUUUGUGGAUACACAUAUAAAAAUAACAUGGAUUUUCAGAACAGAGCUGGUGGUAAAACGGGCAGUGGAGGUGUUGCAUCCGCAUCAGAAAGUAAUCGAGACAGAAGAGAAAGGCUGCGACAACUAGCUUUGGAAACUAUUGAUCUUACGAAGGAUCCAUAUUUUAUGAAAAAUCACUUGGGCUCCUACGAAUGUAAGCUAUGUUUAACGCUACACAAUAAUGAAGGCAGCUAUCUUGCACAUACACAAGGCAAAAAGCAUCAGUCCAAUCUGGGUCGAAGAGCAGCAAAAGAAGCCAAGGAUGAACCAGCACAACCAGCUCCAGAGAAACCCCGAGUGGAAGUUAAAAAAUUUGUAAAAAUUGGCAGACCUGGUUAUAAAGUGACAAAACAACGGGAUGCAGAAUCAGGGCAGCAAAGUUUACUCUUUCAGGUUGAUUAUCCAGAAAUAGUUGAUGGCAUUCUACCACGUCAUCGGUUUAUGUCUGCUUACGAACAAAAGAUAGAGCCACCCGACAGAAAAUGGCAGUAUUUGCUAUUUGCUGCUGAGCCUUAUGAAACUAUUUCAUUUAAGGUACCAAGUAGAGAAGUAGACAAGGUGGAAGGCAAAUUUUGGACACAAUGGAAUAAAGAAACUAAACAGUUCUUUUUACAGUUUGCUUUCAAGAUGGAUCCAAGACAACAACAUGGACAAUCUGAGCCUUCUAAUGGACCACCUCCGAUGCACCAUGAUCGGAAUACUCUUGAUGGCCCGCCUGGUGCAAUGCCACCAAGUAGCCAGCCAGUUGGACCUCCAGGAGUACCAACUGGUCCACCAAGGCUGCUACCUCCUCCUGGCCCCCCACCACCUGGAAUGCCACCUCCUCCCCAUAGACUGCCUGUACCACCUAUGCCACCUCCAAAUUUUAUGCCACCGACUUCAGUUUAAAAAAUGGGGUAUAUUUAUUAUAUAUUUUUGUCAAGUAAUGGAAUGUACUCUCAUUGGUUUAUUCAUCUGCAUUCCGUUUAUCUUUUUAGUGAUAGUUAGAACCAUUGGAAACAGUAACUGUACGAAUUUUUAUAUUAAAGCAAUACAAAUACAAUUUCUAAAAUA